AUGUUCCACAAAUAUCAGAAGAGCAGAAGCCAAGUCAAAGAAGAGAAGCAAAAGGAGAGGAAGGCUUUUGACGAUGAAGUUGACUCAAUAAAUGAACGUCUUAACCAAAUUGCACACAAUAACUACAUAGAUCCCGGAAUGACUGACGAAUUUUCAUCACUGCCAAUACUCGAAUCAACAAAGAAGUCGCUUGAGAAGAGCAAGUUUACAAAAAUGAGUCCAAUUCAGAAACAGACACUUUUAUACACUUUAUGUGGUCGUGAUAUCAUCGGUGCAGCAGAAACAGGUUCCGGUAAGACACUUGCAUUCUGCAUUCCUAUUGUUGAAUCACUCAAGAAAGCCAAAUUCUCAAAAAUGUCCGGAAUUGGUGCAAUAAUCAUUUCUCCAACACGAGAUCUUGCAGCACAGACAUUCGAUGUACUAAAGAAACUCAUCAAAGAUACAGAUAUCAGUGCCGGCUUAAUCACAGGUGGCAUGGAUUUCGAAAUGGAACAAGAAGGUCUUUCCAGACUUAACAUAAUCAUAUGCACAAUGGGUCGUCUUAAAGAGCACAUGGAAACUACAUCUACAUUUAACGCUGAUCAUUUACAAAUUCUUGUUUUGGAUGAAGCAGAUAAACUUAUGAACAAAGAAUUCAUCCGCGACCUCAAACACGUUAUCGCCGAUCUUCCAGAUACCCGCCAGACAAUGUUAUUCACAGCUACAGCAACAAAAGCCAUUAAAGAUAUCUCAAAAUUAUCUUUAUCUAAUCCAGCACGUGUCAAUCUUACAGAAGAACGUUCUACUGUCAUGCCAGAGAGCCUUAUUCAGUUCUACGCUAUAGUAAAUCUCUCAGAAAAAUGGAAUACUUUAUUUUCCUUCUUAAAGAUGCAUUUAAACGACAAAAUAAUCGUAUUCAUGGAGACAGUUAAGAUGGUUCGUUUCGCUUACGAGGCUUUCAAGCACCUUCGCCCCGGUCUUCCAAUUCUCCAUUUGACUGGUAAGCAAAACUCGAAUUUGAGAUUCGAUGUUAUCAGGGAAUUCAAGUCCCAAAAGCGCUGCGCCAUUUUCACUACGGAUGUGGCCGCUCGUGGUCUCGAUUUCCCCGAUAUUACGUGGGUCGUACAAAUGGACUGCCCAUCCUCCACAGAUACUUAUAUCCAUAGAGCCGGUAGAACUGCCAGAUUCCAUAAGAUGGGUAAAAGCAUCGUUUUCUUGACUCCAAGCGAGAAGAUGAUGGUUGAAAAGCUUGCGAAGCUGAAUAUUGAGUUGAAAGGUGCACAGAUCAUUGGCGAUAAUUUAGUAGAUAUCAGACCAAGGUUAGUUGACAUCUGUGCGAGGUUUUCUGACGUAAAACAUCUCGCGAUGAAAGCUGUGACAACUUACAUUAGAUCUGUCAAGCACCAUGAAGACGGCGAAGUCUUUGUAGUCCAAAAUAUCUUGGACGAACUCGAAGAUUUCUCUAAAAGUUUCGGACUUUUGUCUGUCCCAGUGAGAAAACAAACUAAAAAAGUGAUAGAAGAAAAAAGUGACAACGAAAAUGAAUCCUCAGACGAUGGCGAAGAAGAUGAUGAAGAAGAGAAGUCUGAUGAUUUCUUUGAAGUUGUAGAUGACGAAGAUGACAAAGAAUCAAAAGAAAUUGCUGAAUCUUCCGGACCAAAACCGACAACAAUGGAAUUUAGGUCUCCUGACGAGCCAAUUCCACAGGAAGAGUACGAAGCAUGGAGAAACAGGCUGAAGAACCUCCUUUCUGGCGAAAAGAAGCCUAAAUCAGAGAAGAAAACGAAAGAACAACACAGGAAAGAGAGAGAAGAGAAGAGAAUGGCCAAAGAAGAAAGAGAAGAAGAGGAGGAAGAGGAAGAAAAGAAGGAGAAGACAUUAGAAGAAGCUGCUGCUGAAGCUUUGCUUGAUGAUUUAGAUUAA